AUGAUUGUAGAAAACCUGAACCAUCAGUCCUUCAUCACCUUAAAGGAAAUGGCGUCAAAUUCAACCAACUUUGUGAAUAGAAGGAACAAAGAGAGGGAGGAUCUGGUGGACGCAGUUGGGGCACAAAUUUGUAGUGUCGGCCUCCUGAUUUUUGAGGGGCCAAAUGUAGAGAAGCUCCGCGAGCAAGUACACGAAGAGGUGGCCUGGGUCUGGCGCUCGGAGACGUCUCCCGGAAAACAUCAAAUUCAAUUAAAAGCUCUCUUCAUUUGUGAUGUGCUUCUUCGAGCUGCAUUCAUGAAAGCCCUUCACACUCCACACUGUCGGUAUCACCCCCUUCAACCAUGUGCUGGGAAUGUUGAUCAGAGUCUGUCAUAUCGUUGCAAUUCGUCUGCAGCUUCACUUGUCUCUAUGACGAGCUGCAAUAUGGUGGUGAGAAUGGCGAGAAUCACUGAUGAUGCCGAGUACGAUUCCGGCAAAACGUCUGGAAAUGUACCACGUCCACAGUCCUACUCUGGAAAUGAUCAUGCAUACAAUGGACUCCGAACUAGGAAACUUGUCGGCGAUUUUGAUAACCUCCACCAGGAUGGCUCCUAG